ACUUUUGAAGCCUAAAUUGCAAUUCCCUCUUCUCUUUCUUCUUCCUUAUAACAUUAUUCUCAUCAUAUAUGGCUCCAUCUCACUCUUCCAUCACUUAUACACUCAUUCUCUUUAUGCUUCUAUUCACUAAUUCACUCAUAACAGAAGCACAAUCUGGAGUAUGUUAUGGAAGAGUUGGCAACAACUUGCCAUCUCCCAGUGAAGUUGUGGCACUAUACAAUCAACACAACAUACGCAGGAUGAGAAUCUACGAUCCAAAUCCACAAGUUCUUGACGCUUUGAGAGGUUCCACUAUUCAGUUACUGUUAGACAUCCCAAAGGAUAAGCUUCAAAAUCUAGCAGCUAGCCAAGACAAUGCAAACAAAUGGGUGCAAGACAACAUUAAAAACUAUGCCAAUGUCAGAUUCAGAUACAUUGCAGUGGGAAAUGAAGUGAAGCCUGAUGAUUCAUCUGCACAGUUUGUGGUGCCUGCAAUGCAAAACAUUCAGAGAGCCAUUUCUGCAGCAGGCCUCGGAAACCAAAUAAAAGUUUCCACUUCCAUUGAGACUGGUGCCUUGGCAGAAUCAUUCCCUCCAUCAAAAGGCUCCUUCAAGUCUAAUUAUAGAGCUGCAUAUCUUGAUGGUGUCAUCAAAUUUCUAGUGAACAAUAACUCCCCAUUAUUGGUUAAUGUUUACACUUAUUUCAGUUACAUUAACAACCCUACUGACAUUAGUCUUGAUUAUGCACUUUUCACCUCUCCUUCGGUGGUGGUGAAUGAUGGUUCACUUGGUUAUAGAAACCUUUUUGAUGCAUCGGUGGAUGCUGUUUAUUCUGCAUUGGAGAAAGUAGGGGGAGGCUCAGUGAACAUAGUUGUGUCUGAGAGUGGAUGGCCCUCUUCUGGUGGGACUGCAGCUUCACUUGCCAAUGCUAGAACACACAACACAAACUUGGUUCAGCAUGUUAAAAAUGGAACCCCAAAGAGACUUGGUAAACCUAUUGAAACAUAUGUGUUUGCCAUGUUUGAUGAAAAUGAGAAGCCGAAUCAAGAAUUUGAGAAAUUUUGGGGGCUCUUCAAUCCAACUACUAAACAGCUCAAAUACUCUAUUAAUUUGAAUUAGUUAAUAGAAGCAAUGUUUAUAAGAAAUAAGGGCUAUGAUUCCAAAUAAAAUGAUUCUGCGAGUGUCCUAGAUGAGGCAGGUUUAUGUAUGGAGCUUUAUGUCAGCUGGAAUUAUUACCCAUCUAUUAGCAGACUUUGUUUUCAGUAAAACUUUUCUUAUCCAUUGGCAUA